AUGUCUCUCUCAUUCCAAGCGCUUCUUUUCUUAAUUCUCCACGUCGUCACUGUCGUGUCCCAGGAGAAUGACCCUAACCACAUCAACAUAGUGUUUCGAUACUUGGAUGCCAAACCAGAGGAAGCACAUUAUUUGGAUAUUGUACCUCAUUUUCGGUUCUGGGUUACCUUAUAUGCCUGACAUUUUUAGACUGAGAAACAGUGGAUUUCAAACAAAAGCAACGAAUGUUUGCAAUACGAUUACGUUUCGUUCCAUUGGAAUGCCAACGCAAAAAAGAACCCAUUUCCUGAUCUGACUGAUGGUAAACCGUUUUGUACUGUUGUCAAGUAAGAUUUUUGAGCAAACUUUUGUAAAAUUUUAAAGUAUAUUGUUGCAGAUGUGAUGAUGUGUUUGGGCCGGCCGAAAGUGUCAACUGUUCUCUCUAUUUUUGAAACAUUUCAUAAUUUCGUGUUCCGCCCCGAUGAAACAAUAUGCAUCAGUAUCAUGAAAUAUCUUUGUUAAUACUGCCAUAUUGCUUUUGGGCAAGAAAGCUCAAAUGAAAAGAGAAAGAGAGCGUAUAUUCGACUCUUUUCUAAAGAUGAAAAGAAUUCCGCCUCAAGUUUUUGUUUGCGUUAUGUAUAAAAGAACUAGGGUGACAAGUUGAUCAGUAUCAUAUCGUCAAGAUGCAGAGCAUUCUCAUUCAUUCCGUGUUAGCUAGUAUUCUCUUUGUCGGACUAGUAAUGUCGUGGCCUGUGGAUGGCUACGCACUUUCGGAUGUUCAGGUCGUCAAAACACUUGCUGAUGCCGUGGAAUCCAAUGGAGAAGCAGUAUCUGACCAACCCAGUAUUCCUAGAGGAUCUACCCAAACACCUCCCGGAUCACCGAGUUCUGCUCCUACAUCACCUGAACCCAGCAUAACUUCCCCCGGAUCACCGAGUUCUGCUCCUACAUCACCUGAACCCAGCAUAUCUUUCCCCGGAUCACCGAGUUCUGCUCCUACAUCAACUGAAACCAGCACAACUUCUUCCGGAUCACCGAGUUCUGCUCCUACAUCACCUGAACCCAGCAUAUCUUCCCCCGGAUCACCGAGUUCUGCUCCUACAUCAACUGAAACCAGCACAACUUCUUCCGGAUCACCGAGUUCUGCUCCUACAUCACCUGAACCCAGCAUAACUUCCCCCGGAUCACCGAGUUCUGCUCCUACAUCAACUGAACCCAGCACAACUUUCCCCGGAUCACCGAGUUCUGCUCCUACAUCACCUGAACCCAACACAACUUCCCCCGGAUCACCGAGUUCUGCUCCUACAUCAACUGAACCCAGCACAACUUCUUCCGGAACACCGAGUGCUGCUCCCACAUCACCUGAACCCAGCACAACUUCCCCCGGAUUACCGAAUUCUCCUCCUACAUCAACUGAAACCAGCACAACUUCUUCCGGAACGACGAAUGCUGUCGAGACUCAAACUUCUCCGACACCAGUUUUCAGUAACGAAGUCAGCACGUUCACACCUAAAACAUAUGGCGACUAUAAGACUGUGAGUUGUAUUCAAUACCAAGUGCAUAAGACUUUUAUUAUUAUUCAUGUCUUACAGUAUUAUCUACACGCUCAACGAAUAAUCAAUGGAGAAUGCUUUCAAUAUACACUUACCGUUAUUGCUUCAUCUCAAAAUAACAACCCGGCCGAUAACAUUCCAGUUUGCGUUGAGAAAAAGUAAGAAGAUGAUACUUGGUUUUAUGAGUAAAACUUUGGAAAUUUCAGGUGCAAUGAUAACUGGCCUCUUGGAACUGUGGAUUGUGACAUCUACUUCCCCUCGUGGAGAGAUGUUUUUGGAGUCAAGCAAUAA